CGUCCUUCUGCCUUUCACCAACACCAUGGUCCACGUCAAGUGGGGAAGAGAGAAGCUCUCGUUUCAGCUCCCAGACCCCAGCACAAGGCUGGGUGACAUCCGCCAGAGCAUCGCCGAAUACACUCAUCUUCCGCCCAAUGCAUUCAAGCUCGUCCACUCGGGCGUCGUCAUGAAAGACGACAAUGCUCCCAUCUCCGCCUACCACAUCAAGCCAAACUCGACGAUCGCCGUCAUCGGCACCGCGGACGCGCCACCCAGCGCGCCUGCCCAACAGGCCAAGCCCAAGCCCGCCCCGCCUCGCUCGGAGCAAUCCACCAUCAACCAGAUCCAGUCCGAGAUGCAAAAUGUCCGGUCCUCGCUCGGGCGCGACCUCGAGACCCUUUUGGGCUCGCUGCCCCAAUACCAUACCGCUGGCGACAACAAGGCCUUCAUGGACCGCGAGCACCUCCGCCUCGGCGAGCUCCUGCUGCAGUCCCUGCUACGGCUCGAUGGGAUCAAUGCGGAGAGCGAGUGGCAGGAUGCGCGGCGCGAGCGCAAGGAGAGCGUGCGCGAGGUGCAGGGUCUGCUCGAUCGCCUGGAUGGCGCAUGGCAGAACCGGGGAAACUGAUGUGCUGUCGUUCUUCCGAUGGUAAGGCGGCGACUUCAGCUAGUUUUCAUACCAGCAUUAUAACUUAUUGAUCGACCCAGUAUAGACGAUAGACACAUCUAGUUCCAUUAUAAUACAGCCUAUACAGGUGAUAGAUGACAGACGUACUGUCAAUGCAGCUUGUGGUGUGAUACAUCUGGAACCUCGCAGCCUGAGUAUAGGUGACCGCUUGCCCGGUACCGCCUGCAUGACGCUGAAAUCGGCGGGUCUCGCGUCGGGCUACAUACGAGCUCAAGUGGCGGAGCGAUGCGCUUGAGACAUCAUGAACGCUCACGACAUGAUAUCCUGUCGACAUCGUGAAUCUGUCCCUCACUUCUUCGUAGACCCAAACCCUCCAAAGCCCAUCAUCUUCGCCAUCUCAUCGUCCGGCCCGC